AUGUGGCGCCAGUUGCUACAGCCCUUGUGCCAUGACCUGCAGCAGACCUGGGGCCGCCCUGCCGUGCUUGGCCGCUCCGAAGCCGUAGCGGCUUCAGCGCUGGAGGCCUUGAAGGACCUGUCCCUGUUCAUUGACUCCGGGCUGCUGCCGGCAGGUUGCACCGGCCACUCCAAUGGCUCAUGGCACUCCAGACCUCUGCCAGGGCGCUUUCGUGACGUUGUCACAAAGAGAACCAUCUACGCCAACAAUGCAGGUCUUUACCUUCCGGGCCUCGCUGAGUUCUGCCUCGCGGCCCUCAAGACCUUCCAGUGGCCCUGCGCUGCCAAUGUAUACGCGAGCCCGGCAGCUUUGGAGGUAUCUGUGCCAUGUCACACAGAUCGACAAGACGUUCUGGUCUUUCAAGCAACGGGGCAAAAAAGGUGGCAGGUUUUUCAUCCACCUGACAUCGGAGAUGUUGAUCCCUUGCGACGAGGAAAGGAUGGAGAUGUGAUCGAGCAUUUGGGUGAUCCCUUGCUGGAUGUGGUCUUGGAGCCGGGUUACAUGUUAUACGUGCCUUUGGGUUUUGGUCACCGUACCUCAACGUAUGGCCUCAGAGGGCCCUCAUGGCACAUCACGUUGAACCUGGACUCCGUCAUUUGGGGCUUGUCUUACAGGCUGCGAUGGUGA